AUGGUGAAUUAUUAUAAAGUUCUUGGUCUGCAAAGAAGUGCAUCACAGGACGACAUUAAGAAAGCCUUCCACAAACUGGCACUACAAUGGCAUCCUGAUAAGAAUCCCAGCAACAAGGAGGAAGCAGAAAAGAACUUCAAGGCAGUCGUCGAGGCAUACAAUGUUUUGUCUGACCCUCAGAAACGAUUGGUCUAUGACAAAUCUUUUAAGGAGAGCAGAUCCCACAGACCAAGUAGUGCCACAGGGCGUCAUAAUGUCGUCUUUGGUUUCCCUUGUGUAUUCCAUGACUUCAAAAACCUCUUUAAGGUCUUUGAAGGAGAGGAUCCCUUUGACCCUUUCGUCAAUUUUAGAAGUACUGGCAAAAACUUUAUGAAUUCUUCUAGACCACAGAAUUCAUCCACUCCCAACAAGCAGCCCACCUCCUCUGCUGAGGACAGAGCUGCGUUCUAUAGCAUCACGUCACUGGUAAUCAUCAGGAAUGGGAAGGAGACAAUAUACGUGGAAGACAAUGGCCAGCGGAAGUCUGUGAGAAUAAAUGGAGUAGACCACAUGAAAUUGUAA